AUUAGUGUAUUAAAAUUGAAAUAAACAUUUGCAUCUAAACAACAAUUUACUGAUUUGUUAUUAACAAGCUUCCAAAGUCUCGAUUAGUUUGAUUGAUUGAUUUUUAAAAUGAAGUUUAUGUUGAUUGUGACGAUUGGAUUGUCGAUGAUUUGUCAAUGUUUUUCUAUGGAUGGUUUCCAAUUGAAUAAAACGAGACAAACAACAAUCACCAAUAGUCUUAGAAUUGUUAAUGGCGAUGUCGUUCCGGCCGACAGUACUGAUUUUUAUUACAUGGUUACAUUGCAUAGCCUAAACGAAGACGGCAGUUUUUUUGUUUUUUGUGGCGGUGCGAUUCUGGGACCGGACGUCGUUCUAACGGCUCGUCAUUGUUUGAAAGGGGAGGAUCUAAGUAAGGUUUUCAUUCGUCCUAAUUACGACAAUACUAUUAACGAUUUACCGUUAGAGCUUUAUUAUGGAAUCCUGGAUAUACGCACUUAUAAUGAAGAAUCAGGUAUUCAUGAGAUUGGUCUUGUAUAUUUGGAUAAACUGAUAGAGUUUAAUGAUCGUAUUGGACCAAUUUCCCUGCCUUCAGAGGAGAUCAGGGAUGGAACCAGUGUAAAUGUUUUGGGUUUUGGUCAAAUAAGGUUUGAUGGACCUGGUUCGACACAACUUCGAAGUGCUCAUCUCAUCAAACAGCCUGACUUAGACUGCUAUCACUUUUGGUCCACGGAUUUUGAUGCUAAUUUUCAAUUUUGUACUACUGGUCCGAUGGGUGAAAAUACGUGCAUGGGAGAUUCUGGUGGACCUUUGGUUCUAAUGGAAGGUGAUAAAGAUGUUAUUGCGGGUGUUGUCGUAGCCGGAGGUAAAUGUGGAUCAGAAUAUAGCAUUCAUAUGAAGGUUUUCGCUUAUAUUGAUUGGAUUCAAAGUCUUUUAUAGUCGAAAUCUCGAUUGUACUAAGAAUCAACUUGCAAAUUAUUCUUAAUCAUUUGCAUGUAACUCAAUUCUAAUUAUGUUAAUGAUACUAAUUCACAAUCAAUCAAACUAAUCAUUAAACUUCUAACCAUAUUGUUAACUUUAUCUUAACUAUAACAACUUAUGUUUCCAUAUCAACAACACCAUCUUGAUUGUAAUUGUUAUAAAUUUUAAUAAAGUAUUAAAUGUAUUGGGUUAACAGCUUUAGCAUAGCAGAAUUG